AAGAAAUCCACUUUCCAGGAUUUCUGUAGUGCGCUCUAGCUUCAGUUUCGCAGCGCAGUAAAGGUGUACAAUCAUAGGAAAGCAAUCCGCAGCAAUUGAGUUGCCAGGCAACAGUAGACACACUCAUUGGGCACGUCGCAUUGACCACACAGGCCAAUUUAAAAUCAUUUUAGAUGAUUUUGAACCAUUUGAAUGGUAGUUGAAACUGUCGAGGUAGCCAUGAUCGUUGCCGGGCGCCUCGUACCUCGAGGGAGAUUGCGUGCUGCAGCGUUCACUGCGUUCGUGCUGAUACCCGGUUGGAAGUGAAUGGCGCUUACGCAUGCUAAUUUGGAGACGAUUUCCGCCGUCAUUGCAACGUUGCAACACGCUGCCAGAACCUACCGGUUCUGUACCACCGGCAGUGUACCGGUGUACUUUCAACGCUCCGGUCAUAUAGUCGAUUCCAGGGUGAACGAGGUUUGGUGCUUUGCAGCGGCGUACUCUAUGCGGAUAGGGUUCAGUGUGAACGUCACACUCGUAAUCACCAGCACCAGCGUGCGCCGUCCGCGACUGGUGUGCGUCAGUGAUUCCGACGUCCGACGCACGCCCGAUCUGUGUGAACUGUGGCCGUAAAUAGAAGAUUACCUACUCCUGCUGCUAACCUUUUUAGGGAGCUCAUUCGCUGAUCUGCGCGCGCGCGUACCACGUGACGUCACACGACGUCGUCUGUGCGAUUUUCGUUUUCGCAAAUUUUACACCCUCGAAGAACCGCGAUCACCGCGAUCGGUGUAGUGUGUUACAGUGCUUGGGCAGGUGUUAGCUACAACGAACGGUCUGUUGAUCGCCCAGUUCACUAAUUCGCAUCCGGUAAAGAGAUCCAGCGCUGUGUAAUCGACGAAGAAAGGAAGGUGAAGGUGAACUCUGUUGUGCCACGACGAAACGAAAAUAGUUCAUCACCGUGCGAGAGACCAAUAGGGUCGGAACAUUAACGCCAAUCUCAGGUUCUCUCUCAGGCUCUUAAGCUGGUCCUUAAGUUCGCCUUAGUAGCAAGAUGUGGUUGAAUUCCGCGGAUGCUGCAGAAGCCUGACACCCUUACAGCGUAAGGCACCGAGUGUACAAGAAACCGCUGCCCAGAGCAGCUAUCCCGUGUGCGUGCGUGCAUUAGUCAGUGAAUUGAUCGAAGAUCGCACCGAACGAAGUGCGAAACAGGACGCGUGUGGUGUGAAGCGCCACCGGAGUAGCCACCACAACCAUUUCGACCAGACGGUUUCUGGGGUUUUAAUGAGAGCCAUCCCGGGCUUGUUAUCAGUGAGGAACGCGGGCCAAUUGGAGCCACUUAUGCAUCGUAUCCGGAAAACCACCGUAACCACCGCCACCGAAUCAGCCAGCCACUGUCUCCGCUAUCUGCCAAAGGAUCCCCGGCUUAGAUCGAUAGGACGAAGGAAGGGAUCGAAGCGGUUAGCCGCCUGUAUCAUCACCAACACCAGUACCACCACCACCACCAUCGUCACCAUCGCCACCAUCGCCACCAUCGCCACCAGUAUCAUCAAUAAUAGUGUUACGAGUAGUAGACGUAGUAAUAGUGAGAAGCGGACCAUUACAAGUAGUGAUUGUUGCCGGGAGGUGUAAGAUCGGAAACAGUUCAGAACACCACCGAGAGGAAAGCGAAAGCGUGACAGAAACAGUACAGAGAAUCCCUGGAUGGUCCUGGCACCAACCCCGCCAAUUGACGCCAAUCGAAAGCGACAAACCAUCAACAACCGAAGGACCGAUAACAACAGCGAUCGAGAAUGGUGCUCGAGAUACGCGUCACCGAUCCGUCGGAGAAGGUUCUGCUCGAGCAGGAUCUCGAAGCGAUGGCAGAUCGCCAGAACAACAACACACCAGAACGCCCGGCACGGAACGGUGUUUCGCCGGAUCGUCCCUCGUACGGACGCAUCGGCCGUGAGGAGCUGGAAGCGAUCAAAACCAAUCUGCUGAGCACGAACGAAGUCACGUUCGGUAGUAUCGCGUUCGAACCGAGCCAUGAAUCGCUAUCGCCGACACGUGGCAACUAUGGCAAAAACCUAAGCAUGGCCCAGCUACAGGUCGAAUCGGGCCACUCCGGUGAUCGGACCGGACGUAGGCGACUCAUCUCGGAGGUUUCGAUGAACGAUUCGAUCGUCUCGUCGUACCAGGAGCCGGAAAAGAAGAAACUACCGAAAAUACCGGACGGCGGGUAUGGGUGGGUGAUCGUGUUUUCCUCCUUCAUGAUCUCGCUCAUCAUGGACGGUGUUUCGUUCUCGUUCGGCUUGAUCUACACCGAGCUGUUGGAUUACUUUGGUGAAUCGAAAUCGAAAACGGCCUGGAUCGGAUCGCUGUUUAUUGCCGUACCGCUGCUAUCGGGACCGAUCAUGUCGAAUCUGGUCGAUCGGUACGGGUGCCGUAAGAUGACGAUGCUGGGUGGUACGAUCGGUGGGAUUGGCUUUGUGCUUGCCUCGUACGCUCAGUCGAUCGAGCAGCUGUACCUGACGUUCGGUAUACUGGCCGGAGUAGGCCUGGGCGUUGGCUACGUGACGGUGGUGGUCAGUGUGGCCUUCUGGUUCGAUAAGCGGCGUACCUUUGCGACGGGCAUUGGCGCUUCCGGUACGGGAAUCGGUACGUUCGUGUACGCUCCGCUCUGCCAGUGGUUAAUCAAUGAGUUUGGAUGGCGCGGAGCAACGCUCGUGUUGGCCGGUACGCUGUUUAACAUCGUGGCGAUGGGUGCUUUGAUGCGUGAUCCCGAUUGGAUGAUUGAGGAAAGUCGACUCGAGAGUCGUGCCCAGAGCAUCCAGACGUUCUCGAACUCGAGCGUGUGCCUGGACGAGAUUAAGAAGCUGAUCGAGACGGGCAUUCCGAAGGAACGGGUACUGGAUACGCUCGUGACGAACGUGAAUACGGAGGCGAACCAGGUGAUUCCACCACCGGAAGAAUCGACGCUUACUAAACGAUACCAGAGCGAAGUGACGUUGCCGACGUUCUACAACGAGCAGGAACAUCAUGGCCAUCGGGGUGGCAUUCCGAUGCUGACGGUGGAAGGUGAAGCGGUGGGAAUGGGCGGUUAUGGCCAGCGUGGUAGCCAUCGAUCGCUGCGCCAUAGUAUCCUUACGAAGGAAGCAUUCAAACGGGGUUCGGUUCCGGGCAAGUUGGCUGGAACGGCGGCCCGAUUGGCCAGCUCGGAAACGCUGAAUUCGUACGAGAAGCUAACGGAUGAUGAGGACGAUCAUACGGUGAAGGAUGGCGUUAGUUUGGGAAUUCGGGCAUCGCUGAAAACACUUAGCGUGGCCUCGCUCGAGGAUGGGUAUCUUAGUGCGAAGCGACAGCAAGAGUUGCACGUUAAAGCUGGCGGUAGUACCUGGUCACUGGAUGAGGCUGCCCUGUCCGCUUCGCUCGUAUUGCCAUCCUCCUUCGGAGGUGCUAAUGCGGGUGCUGCCGGUGCUGCUGCUGAUGCCGUUGGUGGUGUCGGUGGUGGUGAGGUGGUGAGUCGAGGCGAAAAGUCGCGCAGUUACCGUGGCAACUCGCUCGAUGUGGUGUACGAGAAUGAAAUCUUCAAUCCCAACGUCGACACCAACCUGACGCUGGUCGUACCGAAGCAGAAGCAGCUUGUGCGUGCGACACCAGCGGCGAGGAAUGGGGGGCUUAAGCGACAACCGCUCGGACGGCAGCACUCGAUGCGGUACUCGAACUUCUACAAGGAUAUGCGGAUACACCGGAACUCGAUCCACUACCGGGGUGCGCUACUCAAUACGCACCGCUACCGAUUGAAGGCUUCCUCGUGUCCGAACAUCUACCGCAACUCGAUGACCACAAUCGCCAAGGAGCAUGAUGAGCCAUGGUACGGAAGUUUCAUCGAUACGCUGAAAUCGAUUUUCGAUUUUUCCCUGUUCUUCGAGUUCCGGUUCGGUAUGCUGUCCGUCUCGACCUUGCUGCUGUUCGUGUGGUACAUCAUUCCCUACUUCUACAUCCCGGAGUACGUGGUGAAGCAUGGUUACACCGAGGAGGAUAGCGCGAACCUUAUCUCGCUGAUCGGCAUCACCAACACGAUCGGUAUGGUUGGGCUCGGUUGGCUCGGCGAUCGACCGUGGGUCGAUGUGUGUAAAUCCUACGCCGUAUGUCUGGCACUUUGUGGCGCUUCGAUCUUCUGUAUGCCCUGGGUCAUCAAUAGCCACGUCGCGAUGGGUGCAAUGUGCGUCACCUUCGGUAUUACCUUCGCCAGUACCUUCUCCUUCACGCCCAUUAUCAUGGUGCGGCUGGUGAGUUUGGAUGAUUUCACCGUCGCGUAUGGUUUGAUUCUGCUGGUGCAGGGUAUUGGCAGUCUCGUCGGUCCACCGAUUGCCGGAUUUCUGUACGAUGUGACCGGUCGGUGGGAUGAUUCGUUCUAUGCGGCCGGUUUCUUCAUCUUUCUGUCCGGUGUCUGCGCCUGGAUCAUCGGUCCGCUGAAUGCGGACGCCAGCGAUGCGGACGAAGCGGAAGCGGAAAAGGAAAGUGAAGCGCUUAGCUCAACCGUGACGGCGUAAGCGGUGGCACGUGGCCACCGUGUAUGUUCGCAUACGUUCGCUCUUGGCGUUGCCUUAAGUACUUAUGUAAUGAGAGUGUUCGUAGAAAGGAAAAGUGAGAACAGGCAACGAGCACCGAUCGGCACAAUGAUCGUGCAACGAAACGAGCGACUCUGUGAUCUGUCGAGUUGCCGGGCUGGUAAGCGUAUUUCGAGCGGUAAGCGGACGCUCGGCGAACUUAUGCUAUACUCUGCGAUGGAUGUCCUCUUCUCGAUCGGUGUUUCGACAGUUGAGUUGACCAACGCGACGAGUGCGUUGGUGCUUUCGCUCUCCCCUUUUAUACUACGAACUACCUCAGACGCAAACAUGAUAACCCUGUUCUUUUUUACUAUGCGAUUUUGGAGCAAUUACAGAAGCAUUAGGUGUAGCGUACGGUUUAAGGUAUUUAGAGGAAUGUAGGUUAUACUAAACUCAUGCAACGCAAUAGCAAUUCGCAUUCGAACCGACACCCCGUUGGCCUUCAUAUAGAAUCAGUGUGAUCUACGACUGCUACUGCUACUACUAUAGGUGCACAACAGCUGGCGCGGGAGCAAUCCAUUCGGCAGUCGUACCGAGUGGACAUAUUACGGAGAUGAGUAGAGUGAACGCCUUAUUAUGCACCCUAGAAGCACGGCUAGGAGAUUAUUGAUAGCGUAAAUCAGAACGCACCACCAGAUUGUUAAAGCUACAUCUCCCAGAACGGAGCGCGAACGUCACUUCCACUACCAGCGCAGUGCCUGUGAUAGUAUCGAUCGCAAAGCUUGAGCGAACAGCCAGCGACUACCGUGUGAUACUUCUUCCAAUAUGAUUUCAAUGUUUGCUUUGUAUUUUUUCCUCUGUCGAAGAUGUUGAGUCGGUAGAACAAUAGUUUAGGAAAAUUAGUUACAGCGUCCAUGUGGCGCCUGCUUUUGGUGGACAAAAGGAAUUUAUUAACCCCAUUGGCUGAGUGGCCAUGUUAUAAAGCAUUGAAGUAUUUGCCAGAGAAGUUCGGCGUAGCUUUUGUGCGGUAGCAGGAGGACGAGUAGUAGGCUAGAUGCACGUUUCUCUGUCACGAUUUUUUAAAUCAUCGCUUACUGUUAAACAAAUAUUUACUCUAGAAUAAAGCAUCUCUUUUUGUGGUUUAGAAUGA